GAAAUUUAUUUCAAAGGUCUUCAGCUGUCGUUUAGUAGGAGCAGAUAUUAUAUCAGUAAUUUAAUAUGAAAAUAUUUAUAGUUUUGUCUUUAUUUGUUGUUGCUGCUCUGGCAAACUAUGGAGACAGUUCUUAUGGAGGAAAUCCCCAUGAAGGAAGAUAUCAUGGAAGACGGCACUACUUCAAAAACUUUUUCCUUUCAAAACAUGAAAAGUCUUUACUUCAUCGUAUCCACUUAGAAUGCCUAGAGGAGACUUCGUGUGAAUUGGAAUACUUAGAAGAUCCAUUCCAGUACGAUGAUUACGAACCUUUGGCGGAUUAUAUGUUAUGCCUGUCAAAGAAAUACGGAUUUAUAGGUAGACGUGGACAAUUGAAGUUCGAGAACUUGAGAUAUAAGCUAGGAAUGAUCUGUGGUGAUGAAGAUCCCGAGUUUUACAUUAACACUUGCGCUGUUCCUUUUGACUACCCGUGGAGACAUCCUUUAAUCUGUGGAAAUGCAAGCUAUGGAGAUGAUAUUUAUGAAGAAGGUCCUUUUGAAGGAAGACACCAUGGAAUAAAGCACUAUUUUAAAAACUUUCUCCUUCCAAGGCACGAGAAGUCCUAUCUUCACAGUAUUCAUCUAGAAUGCCAAAGAGAGAGUUCGUGUGAGCUUGAGUAUCUACAAAAUCCAUUCCAAUACAUGGACUACGAACCUUUGGGAAAUUACAUGUUGUGCAUGUCUAAAAGAUACGGAUUCAUGGGUCGUCACGGACAUUUAAACUUUGAAAACUUAAGACAUAAGCUUGGAAUGAUCUGUGGUAGUGAAGAUCCUGAAAUUUACAUCGAUACGUGUGCGGUGCCCUACUACAAUCCUGUUCGUACAGCUAUAAACCUUUGGAACUGUUUGGAUCACCACGGUUUUCACUUUCUUAAGGAAUGUUUCUAG